GAUGUUUCGAAGAAACGGUGGAACGACCUACAAAGGAUUUUCCAGCUUAAUUCCUGGUGUUGAUUUUGGAAACAAACACAGCGUGAAAGUCGUUUACCAUACAUAAUUUAAUAUAUUUAUCCUAAUUGAAGACUAGCGUCAGAUAUUUAUCGUUUGCCGCCGAGGUUUAGAGGCUAGUCAAGAUGAAAAAGCAUUCUGCCGUCGACUUGACUAAACUUGCAAAAGAUUUCAUCCACCUGGAGAAUAAAAUUACAGAGAUGAAAGGGGAAAAUAGUACUCUUGAAAUACAACUGGACGAGACUGGCAGAAUUUUAAAACUUGCACAAAACAAAGAGAAGCUGUUAAUUGAAGAGAGACAUGGACUUUUGGAAAGUGUCAAAAGUCUACAAAACACCAUACAGCAGCAGUGUGAUCUCAGAGCUGAAAAUGAAAGGCUGAAAAAUGCAGCUCUUCAGAUGAAGAAAGAAAACGAGGCUCAAUUAGAGGAAAGCAAGAUUCAGCUUCAGAGACUUACAGCAGAGAUGAAAGUGCUGCGAGAUCAACACCAGAGGGAGUUGAAGGACUGUGAUAAAGAAACACAAAGAAAAUUAAAAGCUAAAGAUUCUGAACUGAAAGUGGCUCAUGAGAGAUAUGAAUGCACUCUGGAGGAAAUGAGAAGACAGAUGACGGAGAAGGAGAAAGAAAAGCAAACACAAAUCAUUAAACUUCAAAUGGAGUUUGGUGCUAAACUUGCAAGGGCCCAGAGCAUGUCUGCAAAGACUCAGACUCAAACGCAAGCAUCUGCUCCUCGACCACAGAACAUCUUUAAAAGAAAGCUGCAGUUCAUUCAGGAGGAGAAAAACAAAGAGAUCGAGGCUCUGCGUCAGCGGGUGAGAGAGCUGGAACACCACAGCCUUCAUGGAUUAAAGAGAAGGAGAAACUGACACUACUGUUCAUCUGCUGGCUGGAGCAGAAUUUCACACUGCUUGCAUUUCACAGUAAAUUUCAUUCAAUAUAGAUUUCUCAAAUAUUUUGCCAAUUCAGUUCA